AUGUCGUCGUCGGAGGGGGCACCGGAGUCAUGGAUCUCCUCGUUCUGCUCUUUGAUGGGCCAUGAGUUCUUUGCGGAAGUGUCGGAGGACUUUAUCGAGGACGACUUCAACCUGACGGGUCUGCAGUCGCAAGUUCCUAUGUACAAGGAGGCGCUCGAAAUGAUCCUGGACGUGGAGCCUGAGGAGGACGAGGAUGAUGAAGAGGAAGAGGAGGAGGAGGAAGACGAAGACGAAAUUCUGGGAGAUGACAAACCGCCGGGAUAUCGGAGGCCAGGGGAGCGGAGGCAUACGCGAGUCGCGAGUGAUCUGAGCGUCAUCGAGAGCUCCGCUGAAUUGCUGUACGGACUGAUUCACCAGCGGUACAUUACUUCGCGACCCGGCAUCCAACAGAUGCUCGAGAAGUACGAGAUGCAACAUUUUGGAGUCUGUCCUCGAGUCUAUUGCAACGGAUGCAAGGUGCUGCCCGUGGGGCGCUCCGACACGCCCGGCCAGGAGACUGUGAAGCUGUUCUGCCCUAGCUGCCAGGAUCUGUACACCCCCCCGAACAGUCGGUUCCACUCGGUCGACGGAGCCUUCUUCGGCACUACAUUCGGAUGCCUGUUCUUCAUGACAUUCCCAGAUCUUGACAUCGGAGUCCGUUUGGACAGCGCCUUCUCAACCUUGUCACCUCCACGCACCUCGGAUGUUCCCCCUCCGAAUCAGCCUACCGAGAUCAACGGCGUGCGCACGAUCAACUUCAGCCCCGGUCUCGGGUUGGGCCGGAUCUAUGAGUCCCGUAUCUAUGGCUUCCGCGUGUCGGAGCGGUCGCGAUCAGGUCCGCGCAUGAAGUGGCUGCGGAUGAAGCCUCUAGAUAUUCGAGAGUUGGACGAGCUGGCGCGAUAUGAAAUGUUGCACGGCUCGGCUGAUAAUGAUGGAGACAUGGAAAUGGGCAGUGCAUCUGGCAGCGCGCAGAGUGCUGCCAUUGCGAAGAGGAAAAAGGCACCGAUGCGGAGACGGCGAUACAACCCGGACCAAAUGAGCAUCAACGGUGCUGAGGCCGGAUAA